CAGAAUACUGUAAUUAUUUAGCUAAACAAACAAAUAAUCAACCAAUUUAUCAUGCUGAAAUUGAUUCUAUUUAAUUCUCCAUUACAUAAAUAAAUAUCAUUUUGGGAGUGACCCACUUUCCUGUGAGGAAUGCUUACAUUUUCCAGAAUUUCGCAAUUUUGGGAAAAGGCACGAAACAAUGCGGUUCAUUUCUGUUUGUUAAUUAUCAGUCAUUAAGAAAGACGUUGUCCAAAAAACUAAUCAACGCCUCUAAUUAACAUUAAUAAAUUAUUAAAUGGGAGUUUAAGAGGACACUUAACAAGAAAGGAUUGCUAAUUAUAAACACAAAAAUUGUCCAACGAACUCGCAAAGAAAAAAUCAUUCAAGAUAAAAAAUCUGCAAUCUGGUAAAGCCUUUAAACUACGUAUGUACACCCAUGUUAUUUCGUUAUAUUAAUAUUGACUGUGCGGGCAUGCGCGUUUCAUAAAAGAACAGAACGCGUGUACUUACCUUCUGUUCCCGCUUUUUUUCUAAUGAGAAUUCUUCUCGUGAAAAGCAUUAUCGGGUACAUUAAGUGAUUUAAUGUCCCAAUCAAAGAAAAAUAAAUUAUUUUACGAUGGUUUUAAAUGGGUUUUUUCACAUCAUCAAAUUCACAAUAAAAACGCGCCGCUUUUUAUAAUCAAAUGCAUUUUUGUUAAUAGCUUGACGAAAGAUAAUAAAAAGAAGAGAGUAAAGAAGCACAACGAAAGUAUAAUUUUAAAACUAAUUGUUUCAUUGUAAAAAAAGUGCAUGCAGGUGACUGGAAAACGUCUAUAAAAGCAACAAAUAUAAUCAUUGUUGCGACAUAACAGAUCAGACGACUAUCAUUCAAUUUAUGGGCCGAUAACUAACCCAUCAGAUUAAAAUUAAGUGAAUUAAACCAACCAACGCCAGCUAAUUAUGUAUCCACCAACUCAGGGGAAUCAACUUUAUCCUAAAGAAUGGAUGUAUCGUCAACUACCACAACAACAGACUCUACCACCAGGAGCACAGCAACAACAGCUACACCAUCAACAUGAAACACAACCAUCCUCUCAACAGCACACCCUACUGAACUAUCCUCGAGAUAGAUUAUCGUCAGCACCGUCCUCGUUGUAUCUGAAGCCGCAACGCACUGCAAGUGAAUUACAAAGAUGUCAGAGCGUCAACUCUCCGUCACCACAAAGUUACCUAAAUAAUAACGAUCACUCUGUUAUUGAUUAUAAUCAUGCUUACGCAGGGAUAAACAAACCCUACACAGAAAACCCACCACCCUCGUGGCACACUUCGUCUUCUUCGAUGUACCAUUCUGUUAGUCAUAACUCACCCCCACCUCCUUGGUACCAAACACAAGUUGGUCCUCAAUCAGUAGAUCCAGCUGUUCUUACUUGGAAUUGUUGUUUUAACGACGGCAAAAGAAAGCGCACGUCAUACACGCGUCGUCAGAUAUAUGAACUAGAAAAAGAAUUUCACGUCAAUCGCUAUAUCACACGAGAACGUCGUAUCGAGAUGUCGUUGACGUUAAAUUUAUCGGAACGUCAAAUCAAGACAUGGUUUCAGAAUCGUCGCAUGAAAACGAAGAAAGAAAAACAAGUUGUGAAAGGAGAAUCAAACGAAACAGAACAAAAAGAUAUAAAUAUAUAAACUUAUAUUAUUUUCAAAUUAUCCAAAUUGUUAUUUAAAU